AAGCGGAACCAGCAACAGUUUCUGAAAAAGUCCCAGGUCCCCCAAAUGACCAGGAAAUAUCCCAAGCCUUGAUUUGAACUAACCACUCAGCUCGCUUCUCGCUUCUGUGCCCACGCUUUUUGCUCCCCAGCCCCAGCCCUAUAAAAAGGGUAAAAAUUCCACACUCGGCGCGCCAGUCCUCCGAUAGACUGAGUCGCCCGGGUACCCGUGUUCCCAAUAAAAGCCUCUUGCUGAUUGCAUCCGAAUCGUGGACUCGCUGAUUCUUGGGAGGGUCUCCUCAGAUUGAUUGACUACCCACCUCGGGAGUCUUUCAUUUGGAGGUCCCACCGAGAUUAGGAGACCCCUGCCCAAGGACCACCGACCCCCGCCGGGAGCUCACUUACAGGCCCUCCAAGCAGUACAACGAGAGGUCUGGAAGCCGCUGGCCGCUGCUUAUCAGGACCAGCUGGAUCAGCCAGUGAUACCACACCCCUUCCGUGUCGGUGACGCCGUGUGGGUGCGCCGGCAUCAGACUAAGAACCUAGAACCUCGCUGGAAAGGACCCUACACCGUCCUACUAACCACCCCCACCGCUCUCAAAGUAGACGGCAUCUCUGCGUGGAUACACGCCGCUCACGUAAAGGCGGCGACAACUCCUCCGGCCGGAACAGCAUGGAAGGUCCAGCGUUCUCAAAAUCCCUUAAAGAUAAGACUAACCCGUGGGGCCCCCUGAUAGUCAUGGGGAUCUUAGUGGGGGCAGGAGCCUCGGGACAACGUGACAGCCCUCACCAGGUCUUCAAUGUUACUUGGAAAGUUACCAACCUAAUGACAGGACAAACAGCUAACGCCACCUCCCUUCUGGGGACGGUGACAGACACCUUCCCUAAACUAUAUUUUGACCUGUGUGAUUUAGUAGGAGACUACUGGGACGACCCAGAUGGAGUUGGUUGCCGCUCUCCCGGAAGAAGAAAAAGGACAAGACUGUAUGACUUCUAUGUUUGCCCCGGUCAUACUGUACCAAUAGGGUGUGGAGGGCCGGGAGAGGGCUACUGUGGCAAAUGGGGAUGUGAGACCACUGGACAGGCAUACUGGAAGCCCUCAUCAUCAUGGGACCUAAUUUCCCUUAAGCGAGGAAACACUCCUAAGGAUCAGGGCCCCUGUUACGAUUCCUCGGUCUCCAGUGGCGUCCAGGGUGCUACACCGGGGGGUCGAUGCAACCCCCUAGUCUUAGAAUUCACUGACGCGGGUAAAAAGGCCAGCUGGGAUGCCCCCAAAGUUUGGGGACUAAGACUCUAUCGAUCCACAAGGGCCGACCCGGUGACCCGGUUCUCUUUGACCCGCCAGGUCCUCAAUGUAGGACCCCGCGUCCCCAUUGGGCCUAAUCCCGUGAUCACUGACCAGCUACCCCCAUCCCAACCCGUGCAGAUCAUGCUCCCCAGGCCUCCUCAUCAUCCUCCUCCAGGCACGGUCUCUAUGGUACCUGGGGCUCCCCCGCCUUCUCAACAGCCUGGGACAGGAGACAGGCUACUAAGUCUGGUAGACGGAGCCUACCAAGCACUCAACCUCACCAGUCCUGACAAAACUCAAGAGUGCUGGUUGUGUCUGGUAUCGGGACCCCCCUACUACGAAGGGGUUGCCGUCCUAGGUACCUACUCCAACCAUACCUCUGCCCCAGCUAACUGCUCCGUGGCCUCCCAACACAAGCUGACCCUGUCCGAAGUGACCGGACAGGGACUCUGCGUAGGAGCAGUUCCCAAAACCCAUCAGGCCCUGUGUAAUACCACCCAGAAGACGAACGACGGGUCCUACUAUCUGGCUGCUCCCGCCGGGACCAUCUGGGCUUGCAACACCGGGCUCACUCCCUGCCUAUCUACUACUGUACUUAACCUCACCACCGAUUACUGUGUCCUGGUUGAGCUCUGGCCAAAGGUGACCUACCACUCCCCUGGUUAUGUGUAUGGCCAGUUUGAGAGAAAAACCAAGUAUCAAAGAGAGCCGGUGUCAUUAACUCUGGCCCUACUGUUGGGAGGACUUACUAUGGGCGGCAUAGCUGCAGGAGUAGGAACAGGGACUACAGCCCUAGUGGCCACCAAACAAUUCGAGCAGCUCCAGGCAGCCAUACAUACAGACCUUGGGGCCUUAGAAAAAUCAGUCAGUGCCCUAGAAAAGUCUCUGACCUCGUUGUCUGAAGUGGUCCUACAGAACCGGAGAGGAUUAGAUCUGCUGUUCCUAAAAGAAGGAGGAUUAUGUGCUGCCCUAAAAGAAGAAUGCUGUUUCUACGCGGACCACACUGGCGUAGUAAGGGAUAGCAUGGCUAAGCUAAGAGAGAGACUAAACCAGAGACAAAAAUUGUUCGAAUCAGGACAAGGGUGGUUUGAGGGACUGUUUAACAGGUCCCCAUGGUUCACGACCUUGAUAUCCACCAUUAUGGGCCCCUUGAUAAUACUUUUAUUAAUCCUACUCCUCGGACCCUGUAUUCUCAACCGAUUGGUCCAGUUUGUAAAAGACAGAAUUUCGGUGGUGCAGGCCCUGGUUCUGACCCAACAGUAUCACCAACUCAAAUCAAUAGAGCCAGAAGCAGUGGAAUCACGUGAAUAAAAGAUUUUAUUCAGUUUCCAGAAAGAGGGGGGAAUGAAAGACCCCACCAUAAGGCUUAGCAAGCUAGCUGCAGUAACGCCAUUUUGCAAGGCAUGAAAAAGUACCAGAGCUGAGUUCUCAAAAGUUACAAGGAAGUUCAGUUAAAGAUUAACAGUUAAAAAUCAAGGCUGAAUAAUACUAGGACAAGGGCCAAACAGGAUAUCGGUGGUCAAGCGCCUGGGCCCCGGCUCAGGGCCAAGAACCGAUGGUUCCCACCUGGGCCCCGGCUCAGGGCCAAGAACAGGUGGUACCCAGAUGAAGCGGAACCAGCAACAGUUUCUGAAAAAGUCCCAGGUCCCCCAAAUGACCAGGAAAUAUCCCAAGCCUUGAUUUGAACUAACCACUCAGCUCGCUUCUCGCUUCUGUGCCCACGCUUUUUGCUCCCCAGCCCCAGCCCUAUAAAAAGGGUAAAAAUUCCACACUCGGCGCGCCAGUCCUCCGAUAGACUGAGUCGCCCGGGUACCCGUGUUCCCAAUAAAAGCCUCUUGCUGAUUGCA